AUGUUGGAAUUCAAAGGAAAUACAGAGAAGGAAAAGAAAAGUGUGGUUUUCGAAAGCGAAACGGCGGAAAAAGAUAAGGGUAAAAGUACAAAGGAAGUGGAGAGUUUAGAAAAGAUAAAAGCUGAUUUAACGGAUAGGCUAACAAGUGAAAUAAACGAGUGGAAAAAAGAAAGAAAUAGACAGAUGGAAAUAAUAGAGGAAUGGAAAAAGGAAAGAAAAAGGCAGAAUGAAAUAAUGGAGGAAUGGAAAAGAAAAGAAAUGAAUUGGGAAAUAAGAAUGAGAGUGAUAGAAGAAAAAUUUAGUGAGAUAGAAAAGGAAAUUAGAGACGUAAAAGAAAAGGUGGAAGAGGAUGAUAGCCACAGAUCAGUGAGGAAAGAAGAAAUAGACUGGAGAAGUAAAGUAGGAGGUAGUAGCUACGCAGGAUCUGUCACGUCAGGGGUAAGCGUUGGUAGGCUAAGUGUAAGAGAGGUGGGAAAACUAAGAAACUGGAUCUCGCACAAGGAAAAAGAUGAGAGAAGGAACAAUAUAGUAAUAAAAGGAAUUAAAGACGCAAAGGAGUUAAAACAAAUAAAGGAAGAUCCAAAGAGGUGGGCAAGAUUUUUCCUAAAAACGAAGUUAGGAUUGGACAGUAUGGUGGGGUGGGGAAGAGUGAGCAAUCAAGUAAUAAUUGUAGGGCUGGACAGUGAAGAAGAAAAGAAAGAGGUGAUGAGAAACAAGAAUAAGUUAAAAGGUGAAAAUAUAUUUAUAGAGAACGAUUUAACAUGGGAGGAGAGAAAGAUACAGGAAAGAAUAUCCAGAUGGGCCAAGGAAAGGAGAGGAAAAGGUGAAGAAAUAAAAAUAGGUUUAGGUAAGGUUAGGAUAGGAGGUACUUGGAAGCUAUGGAGAGAAAUUGAAAAGGAAAUGGAGGAAGAAGAAGAAAGGACAAGAUUAGGAAGUCAGGACGUAGAGUUUUGGAAUUUUAUAAAAGAGUACGACUACAUAGGAUUAUGUGAGACAUGGCUAACAGAAAAAGGUUGGGAGAACAUAAAGAACAGAUUACCAGACUCACACCAGUGGGUGAGCAGCCAUGCAAUGAAGAAAAAAGGGAAAGGUAGAGCGAUAGGAGGCAUAGUCGUUGGAAUAAGAAAAGAUUGGAGAGGAAAGGAGUGGGAAAGGAUGGAAACAGGAUAUGAUAAUAUAAUACAUAUGAGAACGAAAGAGGUAAAUGAGAACCUGAAUAUUAUAAUAAUGUAUAACAACGGAAACAGUGGUAAAGAGGUUGGAGAAACAAUCACAAAGGUAAUGAAAGAAUCUGAAAAGGAAAGAUUAAUUGUUGGAGGUGAUUUUAAUAUUAGAAUAGGAAAUUUAGGAGGAGAUGAAGGAGAAGGAGGAGUGGAGAGGAAAAGUAAGGACAAAAUGAUAGGUAACGGAGGUAGGAAAUUCAUAGAUAGUAUGAUAGAAAACGGUUUGAAUGUACUAAAUGGUAGGACUAAUGGGGAUUGGGAUGGAGAGUUUACCUAUGUAGGAGCAAGGGGUAGUACAGUAAUUGACUACGUGUUUGUAAAUGAGCUUAUAGUAGAUAAGGUUACAGAAUUCAAGGUUGAGGAGAGAGUGGACUCGGACCAUAUGCCGGUGUGUAUGAAGAUGGAAGAAAUGGAAGAAACUGAAGAGGAAGAAGAAAGAGACGGCAGAAGAAAAAUGAAGCNGAAAAAGCAAGAGAAGAAGGUAAUUGAAAAAAAGAGGAUAUGUUGGGAUCCAGAAGCAAUAGAAAAAUAUAAAGCCAAAACAGAGGAAAUAGGGUGGACCGAGGAGCAGGAAAGGAUAAGCUUAGAUAGGAAAUGGAAUAAGUUGAAGAACUUAGUACAGGAAGCGAUGACAAAAAAAGUUUAUAAAAUAAAGAAAAGGAAGAUAGGUCACAAGGACUGGUGGGACAAGAGCUGCACAAGGAGGAAAAGAGAG